AUGUCUUUGGAUAAAGUUCCCGACGAAAUUAUCCAGCAUCUUCUCCACUACUUUCAUCGGCUCGCCAAUGAGCCUCUGCUUUGGAGAUAUCACUGCCGCAACUCCUUCAACCACUGGCAUCAGAGCCACGAGUUUCGACACAAGCUCCGCUGCAAGGCCUCCGAGGUCGACUGGAAGCAGCUCUUCGUCCUGAGGGCCCAGCAGAAUCGCCUCGUGGCUGACCUGCUGGAUGGUAUCAUCGCCACACAGGUUGGCCGCUUAAAGCGGUUCGAGUCAAUAGCUCGUCUUGGCUACGACGCCAAGGACUUUCUCUUGGAGCAAUGCCGGAUAGACGAGUCUGCUCCGGAUUUUCUAGCCAGGAGAUACUACAGUAAUUCUCUCCUCGACAGCAUCCACAGAAGUACUGCCAUUGAGGAAUGGCACAAACUUCGACGGGAUCGGGAUUCGCUAGAUGCGCACGUCGCCGGUGUACGGCUUGAGAGAGCACUUGGCGCAUUCGACAUGUUUGUGUUGCACGAUCAAUUCGGCGACCUUGAUGACGUUUCCCAGAUGCUAGAUGACAAGGCUGCCGAGUUUCGAGCAAGCCAACCGAAUCUUGACGCGUUGACGACUCGCCAAAAAGCACUCGCCUUGAAUCGAUGGCUCCGCUCUAAUGGCCUUACUGGACUGUGCAACCCUGAGCGCAACUAUCGCAACCUACGCAAUCUCCUCAUCGGCCAAGCCCUGCGUCACGAGGAUCACGAGUCUAUUCCACUCAUAUCAAGCGCCAUCUUUUGCUGCCUGGCCGCGCGUCUCGGCCUGACAACACAGUGCUGCGCCUUUCCCGGCCAUGUCCAUGCCAUCGUCUUUGCCACUCCGGGGCGGACACUAGACGGGAGUCCGGUAGUCGGAGACGGCGAGCCUCGGGAGCGAAUGUAUCUAGACCCGUAUGGUCUUGACGACGAGGUCCCCACCGCCUGCUUACAGGUCCUGCUGGCAAGGUUUGGAUGGCAAACCAGCACCGACGUCUUCUUUGCGCCCGUUCCUACCCUGGUCAAUGCGCUGAGGACGGCGCGGAACAUAAAGGCGACAUUCGCAAGGGUCUUGGAGUUGCAGGACGACGCCCACCCCGAACUGAGCCAGCUCCUACGCGGCAACAGCUCGAUGAACAUGGAGGCCGCACUUUACGCGUCAAUGUGGGCCCCGCUGAUGCUGACGCCACCCAACACGUUCGAAUGGGACGAUUGCUUGGCAAACUUCCUCCGACGCUUUGCUGGAUCAUGGCCCGAGGACGCCUGGUUGGUAGAAAAAUAUCUCAAGCCGUUGUACAAUAGCUUUGCGCCCUCCAGGGACGGGCUCGCUCGUCAUGCCAACCGUGGCCUUGAUGAUCCGUGGGGGCAUUUGCGCCGUGUGCGAGAACAGGACGCGCUCGUGCCCCGCGUCUUUCGGAGGAACGUGUUUGGAGACGAGUCGAUCCCCUUCAAGGUCGGACAGGUGUUCCGACAUCGACGGUACGGCUGGAUCGGCGUCAUCACCGGCUGGUCCGACCAAGGAACCCGCGACCUGCCCGUGACGCACCCCAGGAACUUGGACGAGCAGAUCGGGCAAGAUGCCACGGCACAGGCGUCUUUACCCUUGCGGCCUCCUAAUCAGUUCUUCUUCAUGUGCUUCCCCAGCACCGGCUCGGAGCCUCACAAGGUUGCCGCCGACAGCGUGGAACUCGUCCACGACGCCAGUCAAGUCGAUGAUGACAUGUUUCCCUUGGCCGGCAAAUUCUUCAAAAGUUUUGAUCGUGCAACUUGCACAUUUGUAUCCAACAUCAAAGAACAGUAUCCAGACGACUGA